AAGGCACUGCGCAAGAUGCAGAAGCAGCUGGGCCUGGAGGAGACGGGGGAGCUGGACACUGGCACGCUGGAGGCCAUGCGAGCCCCCCGCUGUGGCGUCCCCGAUGUGGGAGCCUUCCUCACCUUCGAGGGGGACCUCAAGUGGGACCACAUGGACCUGACCUACCGGGUGAUGAACUACUCCCCCGACCUGGACCGUGCCGUUAUUGAUGACGCCUUCAAGCGGGCGUUCAAAGUGUGGAGCGAUGUGACCCCCCUCACCUUCACCCAGAUAUACAGUGGCGAGGCGGACAUCAUGAUCAUGUUUGGCAGCCAAGAGCACGGGGAUGGGUACCCCUUCGACGGCAAGGAUGGGCUCUUGGCCCAUGCCUUUCCCCCAGGUCGGGGGAUCCAGGGCGAUGCCCACUUCGACGACGACGAGCUCUGGACACUGGGAACUGGCUUAGUGGUGAAGACCCGCCAUGGGAAUGCCAACGGGGCCGAUUGCCACUUCCCCUUUGUCUUCGAGGGCCGCUCCUACUCCCGGUGCAUCACGGAGGGGCGCACAGACGGGCUGCCCUGGUGCGCCACCACCGCCAGCUAUGACCGGGACAAGAAAUAUGGCUUCUGCCCCAGCGAACUCCUCUACACCAAUGGCGGCAACAGUGAUGGGUCCCCCUGUGUCUUCCCCUUCGUCUUCGACGGCACCUCCUACAACACCUGCACCACGGAUGGGCGCUCCGACGGCUACCGCUGGUGUGCCACCACCGCCAACUUUGACCAGGACAAGAAAUAUGGCUUCUGCCCCAAUCGAGACACGGCGGUGAUCGGCGGCAACUCCCAGGGGGACCCGUGUGUCUUCCCCUUCACUUUCCUGGGGCAGUCCUACAGCGCCUGCACCAGCCAGGGCCGGCAGGAUGGCAAGCUUUGGUGCGCCACCACCAGCAACUACGACACCGACAAGAAGUGGGGCUUCUGCCCGGACAGAGGUUACAGCAUCUUCCUGGUGGCUGCCCAUGAGUUCGGGCACUCGCUGGGGCUGGACCACUCCAGCGUGCGUGAGGCCCUGAUGUACCCGAUGUACAGCUACGUCCAGGACUUCCAGCUGGACCCCGAUGACGUCCGGGGCAUCCAGUACCUCUACGGUGAGCAGCUGCCACAGCCAGGCAUGCCAGGGAUGCCACAGUGCUGGGCUGGCCCCCAGCCUCACAUCCUCCCCUGUAUUUGCUCAGGUCGUGGCUCUGGCCCUGAGCCCACCGCCCCUGCACCCGUGCCCACUGAGGAGCCCCAGCCCCUGCCCACGGAGGCUGGCAGCACCUCCACCACUGAGGAGGAGGAGGAGACGCCAGAGCCCACGGCCGAGUCCGUUCCUGUGGACCCCAGCCGGGACGCCUGCGUGGAGAAGAACUUCGAUGCCAUCACAGAGAUCAAUGGGGAGCUGCAUUUCUUCAAGGAUGGGAAAUACUGGACCCGCUCGUCCUUCUGGAAUUCGGGCACCCAGGGCGCCUUCUCCAUCGCAGACACCUGGCCUGGCCUCCCGGCUGUCAUCGACGCCGCUUUCCAGGACGUGCUCACCAAGAGGGUCUUCUUCUUCGCUGGUCGGCAGUUCUGGGUGUUUUCUGGCAAGAGCGUGCUGGGCCCCCGGGGGAUCGAGAAGCUCGGCAUCGGGAAGGAAGCCGGCCGCAUCUCAGGGGCCCUGCAGCGGGGCCGCGGCAAAGUGCUACUCUUCAGCGGGGAGAGCUACUGGAGGCUGGACGUGAAGGUCCAGAGGGUGGACAAGGGCUACCCCCGUGCCACCGACGAUGUCUUCACUGGCGUCCCCCUUGACGCGCGCAAUGUCUUCCUCUACCAAGACAAGUACCACUUCUGCCGGGGCAGCUUCUACUGGAGAAUGACGCCGCGCUACCAGGUGGACCGGGUGGGCUACGUCAAGUACGACAUCCUGCAGUGCCCCCAGCACUGA